AUGACGAAUACGGGUCAGCCAGGACAAUUCUUCGUUCCAAACGGGCAGAGCCAGCAACAGCCGACGGCUGUGAAUGCUGCCGUCCCUAUGCCUCAUGGUCCUCCUGCGCCAUACGGAUACGCCGCCCCCCAGACACAGUCCAUGUAUGGCACUGGUCCCGGACCCUCGCAGCCGACGGCUGCCUACACUACCCACCAUGCGCCGCAACAUCAGCAGCAUCCUGCCCAGGCCCCUUUGCAGACUCUGUAUCAACAGCACCCUGCCCCGGCCCCGAUACAGGCUCAGUAUCAGCAGCCCAUUCUGCAGCAUCCGGUCCAGGCUCAGCAGCCCGCUGCCCAGGCCCAAUGGCAGGCUCAGUAUCAACAGCCUCCAGCUCAGGUACAUUACCAGCAGCCUCCUACACAGGCUUCAUAUCAGCAGCCUUGUUUACAGCCUUCAUACCAGCAAGUACCUGUCCAGACUCAGUACCAGCAGCCUCCCCUGCAGCCGUCGGUCCAGGCUCAGUACCAGCAGCCUCCCUCUCAGGCUCCAUACCAGCAGCCUCCGGCACUGCUGUAUCAACAACUUCCUGCACUGCUGUACCAGCAACCUCCUGCGCCGCAAUACCAACAGCAUCCUGCACAGGCUCCAUAUCAGCAACUACCUUUCCAGGCUCACCUGGACCUCAAGAAGCUUCCGCCCAUCCGGGACCCCAAGGCAUUCCAGUAUCAAGCAACCGCCACGAAGGCAUCCGCCGAGGAAUGCCUGACUGAUGAAGCGAUCGCGGCCAUGCACGCAGAGGCACGACCCAUCAACGAGGAACGGGAGAUUGGUCCAUGUGCUGCGUCCAAGAAGCACAGGCAAUGCAAGAACAAAGCUUCUGCAAGCCAAAAUCGACGGAAGAAGGCUGUCCAGCGUGGCAUAGAAGAAGCCUGGGAUGGUACUGAUAGAGUACGCCGACCAACUCAGACGGAGGCCAUGAAGAAGACUAGCUGCGAGAAUCUGUCUCUAAAGGUUCCAGUUCGUCAUUCUAGUCGCGGAGUCUACGGCGAAGUCAACCGCCACGACAGUUCCCUAUGCGGCCCUUGCACUGUUUCCCAACGGUUCAAGGAGGAGCCCUGCGACGAGCACUUUGGCCACGACCAGCGAGUGGGGCUACAAUUCCAGGGACUCCCAAGCCCUGUGAGGCAGAGGUUUAGCAGGAUGUAG